ACCAGAGCUUCUCCUCUCGUUUCCAAGAAGGCAAGAAGCCAAGAACCACCAUGGCGUCUCAUUCAGAGCAAUGCGGUGUUGAUCGGCUACUUUUUGCCGCUUACUGUGGAGAGCUCCAUCUCUUUAAGAAGGUGGCUGUGAAGUUAGAUUGGGGUGAAGGAUUAGCAAAAACGGUUGCUGAUAUUAAGGAUUCAAAUGGACAAGGCGCGCUUCACCACGCCGCUGCAGGAGGAAGGACUCAAGUAUGCAAGUGUUUGUUAAAGGAACUGAAACUUGAUGUGGAUGUGAAAGACGGAAGAGGUGCCACCCCAUUUUUUCACGCAAUUUUAGGAGGGCAUAUUGCAACCGCAAACUAUCUUCUUAAAAAUGGAGCAGACCCUGCUACGCCAAAUGUAGUUCUUCAUCAUAUUUUUACACCACUAAUGUUAGCUAUUCUUGCCCAGUCAUUUGAGUGCACAAAGCUGCUACUUAAGGAAGGUGCAGGUCCAAAUAUUGGUUCCUUUGGGAUAACUCCCUUGGGAAUUGCAGCUUCUGAAGGGGAAACUGAAAUGAUCAAAUGUUUAUUGAAAGGAGGAGCUGAUCCAAAUAUUCCCAAUUUUUAUGGUCUGAAGCCUAUAGAGGUUUCUGCACUAAAUGGCAAUUAUGAAGAUGUCAUGAUUCUUUUUCCUAAAACUUCACCCAUUCAAGCUAUUUCUCACUGGAGCCCUGCUGGAAUAAUUAGGCAUAUGCACUCUGAAGAAGCCAGGCAAAAGAGAAAUCUUCAGUUAAAAGAGAAAUUUAUGGAGUUAAAAGCAAAGGGAGAGGAUGCAUUCAAGAGAAAGGAGUAUCUAAUGGCAAUAAGGUGGUACACAGAGGCCAUGAAUGCGGACCCUUUGGGUGCAACUUUACUGUCGAAUAGGAGUCUGUGUUGGGCCCGGCUGAAAGAAGGAGAGCGUGCUUUAUCCGAUGCUACUGCUUGUAUAAUGCUGAGGCCUGACUGGCCAAAGGCCUACUACAGGGAAGGUGCAGCAUGGAUGCUAUUGAAGGAAUUCGGUAGGGCAGCAGAUGCCUUUUCCAAUGGUUUGGAUCUUGAUCCUGAGAACAGGGAGCUUCAAAAGGCUUUCAGUGGCAGUUCUUGGGUGGGGCUCAUGCUUUUACGGUUUAAUAGCGAUGCUGUUGAAGCGAGUAUAAAUUCCUUGGAAAUCUAACGAGAAGAGGCUACUUUGAUGCUGGAGUGUGAGCGAUUCGCUGUCAACUUGGAGCUCUCUGUCUUGUAAAUAGUGUUACACGUUGAACUGAAAACUGCAGUGUGGAAAAGUAAAACAUGUUCAAGAAAAGUGGACAAAUCACGACUGGUUUGUAAGAAAUAUCUCGUUUUUUUCUGGCAGUUGUAAGACUGUUGGAUUGCUGGAUAUAAUGGUAGGGUACUGAUAUUAUAUAAAAUUAUGAGGAUAAAUU